AUGAUUUCAGAAAUCAUUGUCAUUGCUGUCACUUGGAAAAAUACCUUCCAAGGCUGGCGGGUCGCUUCGCGCGGGGCAAUCGACGCCUCGACGCUUACCGUCAUACUUAGAGAUGGGACAAUAUACUUCAUCUUUCUUCUUAUAUUGAACAUCCUCGAAGUCGUUACCGCAGCACCUCUCGUCAGCGAAUCGGUCUUCGGUGGCUACGUGACAUUAUUCUUGAUCCCAAUGGCAUGCAUACUCAUUUCACGGUUCUUGCUUAACCUGCGCCGAAUCUCAGCCUCUGGUCGCGAGAUGCGUUCUCAACGGUCUCCGUCAACAUUCACCUCCAGAGCGGACUGGCAGACAUUAGAGUUUGCUUCCCAAUUCGUCGGAAACAUGGGCGCGCUUCUAGACUAUGCAGAUGCAGGGGGUGAUGAUAUUGAAGAGCCAACGGCCGAGACAGUAACCGCUGCUCCCACUCAGGAGACUCCUCCUAUCGUCGACCUACUCCGCUUCAUCUCAUCCUCUACGUCCCUCUCAUUUUCACUCAUCCUUCACGUCUCCCAGUCCAUCGCUCACGCUGUCUCAGCACCUCUGAUCACCCUUAUUGCUACUCUCUACCCUAUCCUUCUGUAUAUCUUUUCGCCUGUGCUAGUUUUCGCUGAGGUCGCUCUCGACGCCUUCGUCCGAACCCCAUACGCGAUUCUCACAGGAGUCUUUGCCGCACUCUAUCCACUCUAUGUUUUCAUAGGAGCUAGCUGCAUUUGCGCUGCAUGUGUCGGUCUUGGAGCCCGAAUAUGCGCCAAGGCGAUUAGGCGUAUGCUCUUCUCAAGUCCGCGCUCUACCGCCCCCGCGCCGCCGCCGGCAAAACCGCGUAAACGUGUCUCAAUAAAGGAAGAGAAGAGACGAUAG